AUGGCAAACACAUUAGUAUCAACAGAAAUUGUAAAUAACAUGAACGUUCAGGAAAAAGAAGAAAUAAAUGCAAAAAUUUUUCCAUUAGCUUCACCAGAAUUAACAAAUCAAAUUUUGGAUGUUGUUCAGAGGGCCACAGUAUAUAGACAGUUGAGGAAAGGAGCAAAUGAAACCGUUAAGAGUUUACACAAAGGUAUAUCUGAGUUAGUAGUUCUAGCCGCAGAUGCUAAGCCGUUGGAAAUCAUUUCACAUAUUCCGCUAGUUUGUGAGGAUAAGAAUACCCCCUACGUUUAUGUUAGAAGUAAGAUGGCGUUAGGUAGAGCAUGCGGAAUUUCAAGAUCCGUUAUAGCUACAUCCAUAACAACAAAAGACGGUUCUCCAUUGGAAACACAAAUAACCGAAUUAAAAGAUUUAAUUGAGCAAAUGUUAAUAUAA